UCUUUACACAACACUACACAGUGGCACCACCACUAGACCGCUUCACGAGCGCGGGGCGACCGGGACGCGUACGCUGCCCCUCCGGGUUCUUAAAGCGAGCCGCCUCCUCUUACGUUUGUGCGCGGUCUCCACACCUCCCUCGCGGCGGGUGAUCUCGCGGCCGCCAAACCCAAAGGCCACGGGCUCUUGCCACACGCAGGGAAAGGGAACUUUCUCAGCUAACAUCACAGGUCAUGGGCUUCCAGGUUGCGGCCGUCGUGCCAUCGCCCCGCGCGCCCUCCACCGCUUCGUCGUCGCCUUCGACAUCCUCGCGAACUCCAUCACUCAGCGGUGCCGGCUGCGCCAGGCUCGCGAGAUCCCGGGCGCCCUUCAGUUUGGGUGGCGGUCGCCGGCGUGGAGGCGAGGUGCGGCGUGCGCUGAGCGCUAGCUUGGAUGGCAUGGGAGGCGGCGGGGAAACGGAGUUCCUGAGAAGGAUCGAGGAGCUCGCGGCGUCGGCGGGGGUGCGGACGUGGCCUCCGAACGUGGAGCGGAGCGCCAGCAGCGUCGCGCUGCCCGUGUCGCUGCGGAUGCUGAAGCGGAAGAAGCAGCAGCGGCAGGUGGCGCCGCCGCCGCGGCCGCAGUCGAUGUGGGACGAGCGGCUGCUGGGCAGCUCCGCAGGGGAGUCGGUGGGGCGCGCCUUCUCGUCGAUGGUGCUCAUCGUGCGGGAGCUGCAGAGCUUCGCGCUGCAGCAGAUGCGGGAGUCGCUGCUGUGCGGCGACGACCUGCAGGGCGUCCUGGCGCGCGCCCACGGCGAGAUGCACGCCUCGUUCGUCUGGCUCUUCCAGCACAUCUUCGCCGGCACCCCGGCGCUCAUGCUCUCCCUCAUGCUCCUCCUCGCCAACUUCACCGUCCACUCCAUGGGCCACAGCGUCGCCGCCGCGGCCGCCGUCCCGCCGACUCCGCCCACCGCCUCGGCUGCUGCCACACUGGUCGACUACACCGAGGCAUCCAACCCGCGGUUCGAUGCGGCUUCGGUCAGGACGUUUUCCGUUGGUCGGACUGCCUCGGUCGAUGGGGGUAGCGGAGGCGGUGGCAAGGUUCGUCCCGUCGCGGGCGCUCAGGGCGAUGACCGGUGGGACGAUUCCCACCAUAGCCUUAGCCGUGUCGCGCCGCAGCAACCGGCGCCUCUGGCGGGGACGGGCGCGGAGAAGAUCCUGCCCGAGGAUGAGCAGGCCAUUUGGGAGAGGAUGGUGGCCGAGGCUUCACGCAUGCAGGCCAACGCGGAGUUGACGGAUCCAGACUUGUUGGGCAACCUCGUCGCGCCGGUGGAGGCAGAGAUGGAGACGGAGGACCUCGCCGAGUUCGCGCGGACGGAGCAGCGGUACGAGCUGGCCGUGUCCGAGGAGCCCUACAACUCGCUCGUGCUCGCCAACUUCGCCCAAUUUCUCUACCUCACACGGAAGGAUCACAGGCGGGCGGAGCACUACUUCGAGAGGGCGGUGCAGGCGGAGCCGACGGACGCGGAGGCGCGGAGCCGAUACGCGACGUUCCUGUGGAAGGCGCGGGACGACGUCGAGGCGGCGGAGGAGAACUACCUGGAGGCCAUCGCGGCCGACCCCGGCAACGCGCACUACGCUGCUGCCUACGCGAAUUUCCUCUGGAACACCGGAGGCGACGAGACAUGCUACCCCCUCGACUGACGGGCGCAAGAGAGGCAUAGUUCUUGCUGCAUCCGUUUUGGCGGCCAUGUGGGCGAGACGUCUGAAGCGAGACACCAGUACACCACCAUGGCCGACCCCGGGGGGCGGUGGAGUAGUGGAGCUAACACAUGAUCUCUUUCCGGUUUUACCAAGUUUUAGGUUGAGUAGAAAUAUGCAUGGGCAGCAGUGGAGUGAGUGGUGAUCCGGGAGUACGUGGUGGUGUGAAUCCCGUUCCGGGAAUACGGCGAUUGGAGAGCUUUUGGCUGGCAACGGGGAUGAUGGGCGUGCAGACUUGAGGAUGAGUUCCCCAUGAGGUUGUCGGCUAUCUCCCUGGCCAUUGCAAUGGAUGGAUGGAGUAGAACAGAGGCGGGGAAGAAAGGCGUGGGAUGGGAUGCUGGAACCAGUGGAUGUUGUGUAUAGCAACUUGCGUCCGGUAAUUAUGUAUAUGAGCAAAUAAUAAGUGAAUAAGAAGAAGAUGAUAAUCUCGGUGCAAUC